AUGAACAAAGCAGUUGGAUACAUUUUUGCGAUAAUUUUUUCAAUUAUUCUUAUUGAAUGUCGAGCGAAAGACGCUUUAACAGAGAAUUUCAUCAUUGCAGCUGGAUUUCCUGUAGAAACUCAUCACGUUACAACCGAAGAUGGAUAUAUCUUGACACUUCAUCGCAUUCCUUCAACAAAUCGAUCAUCAACUCCUGUACUACUUGCUCAUCCAUUGUCGUCUUCAGGCUUGAUAUGGGUCCUUUCUUUAGUUCCCAAACUAAAACCCAUCGCUUUUUCGCUGUCAAACAAAGGACAUGAUGUCUGGAUUUUACAUCAUCGCGGAACAACAGAGUCUUUUCGACAUCAAACUUUAAAACCCUCGAAUCAAUCUUUUUGGAAUUUUACGUUACACGAGCUCGGAGUGUUUGAUAUCGCCAAUUCUGUGGAUUAUAUUCGACACGAAACAGGAAAAAAUCAAAUAAAUUGUAUUGGAAUGUCACAAGGAUCGACAACGUUACUCAUGUUACUCGCUUCAAGGCAGGAAUUCAAUCGAAAAAUAUCGACAGUGUAUUUGAUAGCUCCUGUUUUCGAAUGUAAAUAUAUUCCGAUGUCGGUCAAAUUCAUUUAUGGAUCGGAUUUGAUGGAUUUUUUGUUGAAAAUUUUCGAUCCUGAUGGAAAAAGUUACGUCGCAUUGGGAGAUAUGAACUUUACAGAAAAUGUCAGUUUGAUAGCUUCUCACGAAAUUUUGAUGAAAAUACUUUUGGAAAGUGUUUCUUUAGGAAUUGGAAGAUUUGAUCAGGAUUUGGAUUAUGUAAGAAUUUAA